CUCGGGCCGCUCUUGGAAGUGUCUGGGGCGCCGUAGUAAAUUUGACUCAAGCCACUUUGGCCCAAUACUCUUUCGGCACAAGUGUUGGACCAGACGCGUCACAGGACCUGGGCAGUGAUGAGCUUCAUUGGUGGACGUGGGGGAUCUUUUAUGGCAGCGGGCCCGCGCGGUGGGUUCGUUGCGGGCUCCCGCGGUGCUUGUGCUGGUGGCGGCGCGGGCGGCGGCGCGCUCGUGGGCAGCGGGAUGUACCCCGGCGGCGCGGGCGGCGGCGCGUUCAUGGGCAGCGGUGUCUACCCCGGGAUGGGCUACGCUGGUGGCGGAGAGGCGUGCUGCGGAGGCCCUGGCGGUGGCGCGUUCGUGGGCAGCGGCGUCUACCCUGGGAUGGGCUACGCUGGUGGUGGAGAGGCGUGCUGCGGAGGCCCAGGCGGUGGCGCGGGCUGCGCGGACGGGUGCGGAGUGGGCUGCGGGGGCAUCGCCGGAACGACGAUGUCGUACGUGGGCAUGGGCGGCGAUUACAUCGCCACGACCGCCUACCAGUACGUGGGCCAGGGCGCUGGCACCUUCGGCGUGGUGCCGAUCCCUGCGGCUGGGUGCAGCCCAUGGUGGCUCUGCUGCUUCCUGCCGCUGCUCUUCGUCCCCUUGCUCUUCCUCGCGGGGACCACCACCACCACGACCACGUCCACAACGACCCCUGCCAUCGUCACCGCGCCGCCGCCGGACGUAGUGCCGACGCCGCCGCCGAAGAAGGAGUGCUGCAUCGACAUGUGCAACUGUGCCCGCGAUGGGACGCAGUGCGACGAUGACUGUGGCUCCGAGGAGUGUACCGAUUUCGACGACUGUGAUGAGAAGGGCAUCUGCAUCACGGGCACUCCCGAAUGUGAGAACCCCACGCCGGCGCCGCCGCCGCAGGGGCCCCAGAAGCACUGCAGGAUCUUCGGUGACCCGCACGUGGUGACGUUUGACGGGCAGUCAGCAAGCUUCUAUUCUCAGGGCGAGUACUGGAUUGUGAAGAGCACCACGGUCUCGAUGCAGGGCCGCUACAUGCCGACUCCAGUGACCAACGGUCUCUCCGUCAUGAAGGAGAUCGCGAUCGGCGGCCCCUUCCUGGAGGGCAAGGACGGCACGAAGAACGUCCUCCGCAUCUCCUCCCUGCGGGCGACCUUCAACGACAUCCCCAUCAUCUCUGGCUUUCCGGACGCUUGGGAGAACCAGGACCCGAUGAUCAAGGUUGUCACCGACGGCAGCGGGCAGGUGAUGCAGUCGAGCCGCACCGGCAAGGAUAUGCGCGUCGUGCACGUGGACUUGCCGCUCAACAUCCACCUGGAGAUCAACCGUUGGAACGAGCCAGGCGAGGGCGAUUACAUCAACACGAUGAUCACCAUGAGCAUGCAGCCCAACCAAGACGGCCACUGUGGAAAUUUCAACGGUGUGCUGGACGACGACACGAGGCCAGCCAUUCGCGCCCGCAUCGGCACCACGGGUGUCCCGCAAGCGGAACUGCUCUUCCACACCAAGACCCCUGUGACGCCCGUGAACAGGCCCGACCUCAACAAUUGCGCGCCCGACAAGACUGAGACGGCCAAGGAUCUCUGCUCGAAGAAGUCCAAGACCGGCAUCCCUAACAAAGAUUGCAUGAUCGACGUGUGCUUCGGAGGGGCGCACUUUGCCGACAUGACCGACUACGAUGAGUGAGUCGCGGCACGCAACACCACGAUCUCGUGGAGAUGUCGUGUCAUGUGUAGUGUAGUCACGCAGGGGCAUUCGGCCCAAGGUUCAUCAAUCUGCCGCAAUUGUUUUACGAAUCGGCAAAAGCUGAGACAUGCGUGGCCGCUGUCAGGGCAGUGAUCUUCCGCAGAGAUUGGGCAAAGCUACCGGUCAAAACGGGGACGCCCGCAGAACAAGCGUUUCAUGUAGGUGUUUCGGUGUGUGUUGUUUUUUCUUGAUACCCUGAACCGCGGUCCCUUCCCGACCCUCGUGGAGAUUUCGUGCCAUGUGCACUGUAGUCGCGCAGGAGCAUUCGGCCCCUGGGGCUCGAGUCAGGCUCACCGUUCUGCCGCAGUUCUUCGGACCGCCCAUGGCCUGAGGGUGCGUGGCCGCUGUCAUGGCAAUGAUCUUCCGCAGAUAUUGGGCAAAGCUACUGGUCAAAACGGUGUUCUAGUUGAUCUAUGUGCGCCGUGCGCCCUCUUCCUCCUCCGAGUCGCCACGUGGCACGGCGCGGCACGGCCUCUGGAGCGUCGAAGGCGACCGUGCGAGGUGUGG